ACAUAGAGUUUUUACGAUAAAUUCUGGGUUGAAGGAAAUCGAUAAUGAAAUAAUUUUUAUCGGUAAUAUGGUAAUAAUAACAUCACAAGUACUGGUAAAAUUGUUUGCAACCUUUCUUCGAUGUUAAUUAUUUCUUAUUAUUGUUAAAACAAUUAAGACAGUUUAAAUCGAUAAUACUUUUAAGAAUGGCUACAAAAUUGACCACUGGCUUGACUGGUUUGGCAGUAGCAAGUAAUCCUCAUCACACUUUGAGUGCUCUUUAUGGUAAAAUAUUAAGAGCUCUAACCAAAAUGCCUCAAGACGCUUCGUAUAGGAAAUAUACCGAAAAAGUGGUUCAAAAUAGACUAAAAGCAGUAGAAGCGUUCAAGGACACCACCGCUUUGGAAAAAGAAAUUUCUUGUGGACAAGUUGAGGAAUUAAUCGUACAAGCUGAGAAUGAACUCAUUUUAGCCCGCAAAAUGUUAGGAUGGAAACCUUGGGAGUCUUUGGUGAAACCAGCCCCACAAAAGCAAUGGAAUUGGCCGCCAGCUAAAAUUGACGAACCAAAGAUCUAAACAAUAUGAUUGUAAAUAAAUGUGAUAAAGCCUCAUUCGGUAGGAAGAGGAUUUAUAAAAAAGUA